UCUUCUUCUCUACCUCUAUAUCUGUGUCCCCUCUCUUUCAACUCUCCUUCGUUCUUCGCUCCUUCUCUCUCUCUCUCUCUCUCUCUACUUCGUAACUUUCAAGAAAAUUUCUCCUCGGUUUGAUGCCUAUGUUCAAUUCUUUUUCCGAAAACACCCCUCUCUCUUCUGUCACAGACACCAACACAACAACAACAACAGCAACAAACAUGGACUCUUCUCAAAACUGGCUUGGCUUCUCCCUCUCCAAUCAUCACAACCCUGGAGCAGACUCUUCAGGCCUCUGCCUCUUCGAAGCCUUCAGCACCACCAACAAAAACAACCCUCACAAUGGGGUUGAUAGUAGCGUGGAAGAAGAUGGAAGCAGAGCAUCGAAUCUGUCGAUGCUCACCGCCGGUCCAAAACUGGAAGAUUUCCUCGGCGGUUGUGGUGGUGGUGGAGCAGGUGGCGCCGCUGGUGGCCAAGCUUCUUUCUGUCAGUUUUCCGGCGAGAAUCAAGUGGCUGUGGCUGACACUACUGGUAUCUAUGAUUCAGAGCUGAAGACAAUCGCUGCAAGUUUCUUGCGUGGCUACUCAAUAGAGCAGACCGGGACCGAGAAACCGGUUGCUCUGGUCGAAUCUGCUUCAAAGAAAGCCGUUGAUACCUUUGGCCAAAGAACUUCGAUUUAUCGAGGAGUCACCAGGCAUAGGUGGACUGGAAGAUAUGAAGCUCAUCUAUGGGAUAAUAGUUGCAGAAGAGAAGGGCAGAGCCGCAAAGGAAGACAAGUUUAUUUGGGUGGUUAUGAUAAAGAAGAGAAAGCAGCAAGAGCGUACGAUCUUGCAGCUCUCAAGUACUGGGGUCCAACCACUACUACAAAUUUUCCGGUUUCUAACUAUGAAAAAGAGCUAGAGGAAAUGAAGAACAUGACCAGGCAGGAGUUUGUUGCUUCACUCAGAAGGAAAAGCAGUGGGUUCUCCAGGGGAGCUUCAAUAUAUAGAGGUGUCACAAGGCAUCAUCAACAUGGUAGAUGGCAGGCAAGAAUAGGUAGAGUUGCAGGAAACAAAGAUCUCUACUUGGGAACCUUCAGGACACAAGAAGAAGCAGCUGAAGCCUAUGACAUUGCAGCAAUCAAGUUUAGAGGUCUCAAUGCAGUGACCAACUUUGAUAUGAGUAGAUAUGAUGUGAAAAGCAUAGCUAACAGCAAUCUUCCAAUUGGAGGAAUCACAAACAAGACCAAGGCUUCUUCAGAAUCAAUUUCUGAUAACAAGAGUGGGUCAGAUGAUAGAGAUCAUAUCUCUUCAGCAUCUUCGGUGUCUUUUGUUUCACAACCUUCAUCUACAACUCUCAGCUUUGCAAUACCCAUUAAACCAGACCCAUCAGAUUACUGGUCCAUCCUUGGUUUUCAAAAUCCAUGUCAAAGCUAUGCUAGAGAUCCUAGUGCAACCACCACCACUACUGCCACAACAGCAACAACUAUGAGCUUAUAUCAAGAUGGGUUUUUGAAUGGCAUGGAUUUCUCUGCAACUUCUGCUGCUGCUGCUGCUGCAAAUAAUAAUAAUAAUAAUGGGUUUUUGAAUGGUGGUGGUGGUGGUGGUGGUGGAGGAGGGUUCAUGGUGCCUCAGAGUAGUAGUACAAAUAGUUCAAUUUCAAUCCCUUUUGCUACACCUAUUACUGUGAGUGGGAGCAGCAACAGUUAUGAGGGUUCUAGUUAUGGGAGCUGGAUUGCGCCUUCUCUCCAUGCAUUUCAAUCUGCAAAACCUAAUCUUUCUGUGUUUCAGACACCUAUUUUUGGAAUGGAGUGAUCUCAUCAUCUAUUCUAUUCAGAGUGUAGUAG